AAUAGUUUGCUUACAUUUAACACAGAAUUGAAUUGUUAGAAACAAAAUGAGUGCCAAAAAGUAUUUGAAAAUGCCGCAGCAGCAACCUACGCAGCCGGCAGCUAAAACGGAGAAAGAGGAGCAGCUUUGGAAUGCACUGAAAAGACACAUAAUGCGAGAACGUGAGCGUAAGAAACAAGAACUACAAGCGGAAGUAGAAGAGGAACGUCUCCGAAGAGAGCGCGAGGAACGCGAAAAACAGGAUGUGAUGACGUUGGGGGAAACAAAAGAACAAAUUCUAAUUCUGGAGAAGAAUCUUGAAAACUUGCGUAAUGAAAAGCAGCAGCUUUUCCUUCAACUGAAGAAAGUAUUGAAUGAAGAUGACAACAGGAAACGCCAAAUGAAGGAGGAAAUGAUGGCAAUACAAAACAAUCCGCAACAAAUAUUCUUACCCCAACGAUCCAUCGGUCUGCCUCAUCAGCAACAUUUGAUACACAAAGGCAAUCCCCAGGUAAAUGUGGCGAAACGCACGCACAGCCCUUCAUCACCUCAGCAUCUGCAGGGCUAUUACAAGCAGCCAAAUCCCAACAAUCAACCCUAUCCUUCGCCGCAAAAGAUCGAGGAAGGUAGACGGGGCGGUGAAGUGGCCCGUGCCGUUUUAUGGAACAAAUCGCAAUACUGUCCCCCAGUUGGAUUUUAUCCGGCAACACCGCCGUCCAAUCCGCAAGAUGGUCGACAACCGCAGCAGAUUCUUUAUCCGUAUCAGAACAAUUUAACGCUACCAAUGCGUCAAUUCCCAAUGGACAUGCCAGCGCAACAAGAGCCCGGUCCAGCACCGGUGCAAUCAUCCAAACCCGAUCCACAAGUAGUGAGUGGGAAGCCGGGUCUUCCGCAAUCGGCACAGGCCAAUAUAUACCACAUCAACAUGGACCAGGCUGUGGUGGCCGCAGCCGCCAUGCAUGGUCAACCACCGUCAGUUCAGGGGCAACCACUGAAAACUAUCACCAUCGAAAAGAUUGCUCCUGAACGGAUUGUUCCGUACCACAUAGAGCUAGCGAAACAUGAUGAACGCAAGGAUUUGCGUCCGUCGCAAGCACCUCAGCCUGGCACGCAAUCUGGUCCCGCAGGAUCACACCUACCGGAAGGUAUCGUGUAUGCUCCUGGUCUACGUCCAGGUGCAAUUCAAAUGCACACCAUUGCUACAAAUCAGCAACUCCCGAAGGGUGGAAGCAUUACACAAGGUUACCCGCCGGUCAGGCCGCCACCAAUCAGCAAUCCUCAGCAGCAGCCGUCUUCUCAGAUGCACUACAAUCGACAACGCUACUAGUGGUCCACUACGCUACUCUGUGGACAUUUGCGCAACGUCUGCUGGCGGUGGUCGAAGCAGCAGCAAACUGGUCACGUUCUCUGCGAACCUUGUCGG